AUGGCGCUGCAAAACAUUGGUGCUUCAAACAAGGAUGAUGCCUUCUACAGGUACAAGAUGCCAAGAAUGUUGACAAAAAUAGAAGGCCGAGGUAAUGGCAUCAAGACAAAUAUUGUGAACAUGGUUGAUAUAGCAAAAGCACUUGCCAGGCCCGCUUCCUACACCACUAAGUACUUUGGAUGUGAGCUUGGAGCACAAUCAAAAUUUGAUGAGAAAACAGGAAUUGCCUUGGUCAAUGGUGCUCAUGAUACUUCAAAGCUGGCUGGCCUUCUUGAGAACUUCAUCAAGAAGUAUGUGCAGUGUUAUGGCUGUGGCAAUCCUGAGACUGAGGUCCUCAUCUCCAAGAAAGAGAUGAUAACUCUGAAAUGUGCUGCCUGUGGCUUCCUCUCUGAUGUUGACAUGAGGGACAAGCUCACUACAUUCAUCCUGAAGAACCCGCCAGAACAGAAGAAGGGAGGCAAAGACAAGAAAGCUAUGCGAAGAGCUGAGAAGGAGCGGAUGAAAGAAGGUGAAGCUGCUGAUGAGGAGAUGAAGAAACUCAAAAAGGAUGCAAAGAAGAAAGGUGCUUCUUCCAAGGAUACAAAGAAAAAGGCUGCUGGGGGAGGUUCGGAUGAAGAACAUGCAACCUCACCAACUCACAGUCAAGGUGCUGACAUUGCAGCUGCUGGAGAUGAUGAUGACGAUGACGAUGAUGAUGUGCAGUGGCAGACUGACACAUCAGCGGAAGCUGCGAGAAAGCGCAUGGAGGAGCAGCUGAGUGCAGCAACUGCUGAAAUGGUUAUGCUUGCCACCGAGGAGACGGAGAAGAAGAAGAAACAGGCCCUGCACAAAGAGGGCAGUUCCAAUGGGACACCAAAGGCUGAAGGUAAUUCCAAUGGCAACCAGACUGGGCCCAAGACCACUCCUUAUGACGAACUGGUUGAAGAGAUCAAGGCCAACUUGGGCAAUGCUGCCACCGCAGCUCAGCUCAAGGGUGUCCUCUCCUCCUCAGCCCUGCCCCCCAAGGACGUGAUGCAUGCUCUCUUUGAGGCACUCUUCCACGGCGUGGGCAAGGGGUUUGCAAAGGAAGUGGUGAAGAACAAGAAGUACCUUUCCGCUGCGGUGCCUGAUGAAGGGUCCCAGAUGCUCCUGCUCCAGGCUAUCGAGGCGUUCUGUGGCAAGUGCAGUGCUGAAGCCCUGAAGGAAGUCCCCGUCGUCCUGAAGGCCCUCUAUGAUGGAGACGUCCUCGAGGAAGAAACCAUUGUCCAGUGGUACAAUGAAGCUGUCGCUGCCGGCAAGAACUCCCAGGUGGUGAAGAACGCCAAGCCGGUCGUGGAGUGGCUCCAGAGCGCUGAAUCUGACGACGACGAGUGA